UCGAGACUGGAAUUCUCUUGCGGCCGGAAACCCCCCAAACCUUAUCUUAACAUUGUGACAACAUAGUAACUGCGCUGUAGCCUACACAUUUAUUUUCUUUAGUAAGACACGCUGAAUAAACAAUAGCUUCCACGAUGAAUCCGGACAAAGCUAGCCCGUUCCCCUCUACCCUCACGGAGUCCCCGGGUCAAACGCCUCCCGGGACCGUUUUACUGCUGCGUCUGGUCGACUGCAGGAAAACACCGGGGCAGAAUGGAACUGAGAGAGAAGAAGAAGAGAAGGAAGAGGGAGAUUUGAUUUCAUUAAGGUACAGCCCAAACCGUUGCUCUCCCAGUGGGAGGGGCUUAUCAUCUGGAGAUCCUAAACAACAACGUGAUGCUGACAAGACGUCUCUCCAGAAGAGUCUCUUCAGAUCAGAACGUCUCAAUAGCUGUGAUCAGUGUGGGAAGAGCUUCAAACAAUCACAACACCUGAUUACACACCAACAAAUACACACAGGAGAGAAACUUUAUAGCUGUGAUCAGUGUGGGAAGAGAUUUGCUGUAUCAGAAAUCCUGACUACACACCAGCGCUUACACACAAGAGAGAAGCCUUAUAGCUGUGAUCAGUGUGGGAAGAGCUUCAAUCAUUCAGGACACCUGACUACACACCAAUGCAUACACACAGGAGAAAAGCCUUAUAGCUGUGAUCAGUGUGGGAAGAGCUUCAAUCAAUCAGGGACCCUAACUACACACCAACGCAUACACACAGGAGAGAAGCCUUAUAGCUGUGAUCAGUGUGGGAAGAGCUUCAAUCAAUCAGGGACCCUAACUACACACCAACGCACACACACAGGAGAGAAGCCUUACAGCUGUGAUCAAUGUGGGAAGAGCUUCAGGAAUUCAGGACACCUGACUAUACACCAACGUAUGCACACAGGAGAGAAACCAUAUAGCUGUAAUCAGUGUGGGAAGAGUUUUGCUAGAGAUUUCAACCUGACUAAACACCAGCUCACACACACUGGAGAGAAACCUUACUCUUGUCUAUGUGGAAAGAGCUUUGCUCAUUCAGAGUCACUGAAAAAACACCAGAAAGCCCUUCCCUCUCUGGCACCGGUUCAAGAUCCCUAAAUAAAGUUUCAUUAGAAAACAUCUUGCAAAGAGUCAUCUAUCUCCCAUUGUCUAACAGUUUACUCAGUCUGAUUACCAUGGUAACCUGUGUAGAUAAUAUGCAGCUCUGGAUCCAUAUGUAUCAGGCGUCUUGGAGUAGGAGUGGUGUGUGGUGGGGUGUUCAGAGCUCUAUCUUAUGUCAUUAACUCCUUGUCACAGCUGUUAAAGGAAGUGGACCAAGGGGCAGCGUGGUCAGCGUACAUUUUCUUUAUAUUUGGAAAAAUGACGCCAACAAAACAACCAUGAAGCUACAUGCUAUGUGCCAUAAACAAAAGUCAACUCCCCACAAAGACAAGUUGAAAAAAGGGCUACCUAAGUAUGGUUCUCCAUCAGAGACAACGAUAGACAGCUGUCCCUGAUUGAGACCUGACCUGACCUCGGGACGGAUUCCUCGCUCGUCCCUAAUCCACGGCUGUCCUACUUUAUCAGUGACGGAGACCAGACUGUUGCCCUUUGCCUCCCUCCUUAGGAGCUGUGAUAUUUAACAAUAACAUGUUUUGACAGAGUGGAAACUUUCUUCACUCCCUCUUGUCUCAGUAACUUUCCAUACACUUAGUUCUUAUCCACCCUCCAUUGACCCCAACAUAUACAUUCCUACAUGCAAAGUAAUCAAUAAGUUCCAGUCUGGUAACAUGAAUAGUUAGAUUUCAAGCUAGAAUCCAACAGUAUUCAUGUAUUCAAUAGAUCAAUAAAUUAAAUCC